CGGGGCGGGCGGGCUGAGCCCCGGGCCGGGGCCUGCCGGGGCUGCCGGGGCCAGCUGUCGCGGGGACCUCGCGCCUGGGCCGGCGCUGGAGCCCCCCGGGGCCUCCGUGAGACCCGGCGGUUCCUCCGGGGCUGGGCGAGCUGCAGGAACGGCCUCCGGUACCAGCCUUGGGGUGCAGCCCCGGUGACCUUGACCUGCUCCGGCAUUUACUGUAAAUUUUUCUUGAUGACGGGUGGAGGAAAUAACAAAACCCUGUCUAUUUCAUGUGGUCUUUUGCUGCGUUUGUAGCACGGGCCCACCUGACUGCCUGUUUCUUACCUGUGCUCAGUGCAUGGCUGGAGGAGUGGCACAGGCUGACUCUUACAGCCUGGCUGCAGCAGCGACACAGAGCUGCCCGUGUCUUGAGUACUCGUGCCUUGCAUCAUGGAGGCUUGCAGGCUUUCUCUGAGGUUUCUGGAGCUAUUUUCAAAGGUCCACCAAUCUUCAGUGUUGUCUGCAGGUUCCCAGAGCGGGGUCAUUCUCAGCUUGGUCACAGUAACACUGAAACCAGACAGGCUGGGUAUCAGCAGGUGUGUAGCUGCUCAAGCUAAAGCUUGGGUUUCUCCAUUUUGUAUUUUAUUUUAACUGAGUGAGAACGUGCUCAUCUAUUCUUUAAGGGAGCCUGUGUGUUGUGCAGCAGGUUGGCAGUGUCAUCCCUAUAAUUCUUAGUUGAGAUGGCCUUCCCUUCUAGACGAAGGCAUAACUUAACUUCUGGAGGUGUGAGAUGAAACAGACAACAUCUCACUCUUGUACCAUGUGCAUCUCUGACAAAGCAAAUCCCAGGCUUCAGGGUGCUGGUAGCUCCCCGGGACCUCUGCCAGCUGAACUGAAUGUCAUUUCAGUUUUGCUGCCCUGGUGCAAGGUCAUCCGUGUAUGGAAACCUAUUUUGUUUCAAAACAGGACACUUCAGAAAUGUGUGUCCUUUGUUAGAAGUGCUGUGAAGCAAUACAGGGUCUCGAUUUAGCUCAUUCUGUCACUUAAGUUCCUGUUUCCAUCCCAUUCAGUCACAAAGUGUAGAUUUUGCAGCUGGUGCAGGGCAACUGUCUCCUUAGGGAGCCUGUGUGCAGGGGUGAUUCCAGGCAUGCCUUCGAUGGUGGUGAAAUGUGAAACUGAAUUCUUCCUGUUUGUGAUGGUGGCCUCCACAGCCCGUUGCUGCGGGUUCCUGUUUUCCUGGUGGAGACGAUGCCGUGUUCCAUGAGCAGAAGGAGAAGGCUGGCUGGGGCCGUGUGCGGUGCGGGAGGCUGUGCCAGCAGUGCCUUCCUGCAGGCAGGGAGGACAGCCUUUGAGCGCCCUGUCUGCUGGGAUUAUGGGACCAUUUCCCACAGGCUGCAGGCACGCAGUGAUGAGGUAGUUGGGUUUUUUUUCCAGUUUUGCCUUAGCUCAUACUUUUCUGCCUGUGGGAAGAGCAAGCCAGUGUCAAAGUGCAGGGCUUGUAGUUGGAGGAAGAAACAAUAACACCAUUCUCUAAGUCCCUGGCUAUUUAACUUCAGAGCUUGACCCGCUUUGCUGGCAGCAUGAUGUUCCUGUAGCAAAUACAUUGAAAGGCCUGAUCUGGUCAUGUACCCACCAGCCCUUGAACUUGCUGAACUUGUUGAAAAGGAACACUGAGAGCAGAAGGUGGUCUAGAAACUCACAAUAACGCAUUCAUUUCUGAAAGCAGGUUCUUCUUCUGUGUAUGUGUCGCAGCCAGAGCCCAGCAGUGUGUGUGGUCAGUCACCUCAGUGGAGCCAGCAGAAAAGUAUGCCUAGGAUAAACUAGUGAAGGCGGAUGAGCUAACAAGGAAAUGGGAGAGAACAAGCAAAAAGGCUACAAACGACAAACUUGGCAGUGCUGGCAGACAGGGAGCACGAUGUUUGUUCAGACUGGGCAUUGUGAAGUGUAAACCCCAUUCCACUGGCACCAGUACUCACCUCUGCCUUUUCUAGAAGCAGAGCAGUCCAUGAUGCCUGAGGUGCGGGACCUCUCGGAUGCCUUGCCCGAGCUGCCGAUGGAUCCCAUCACCGGCGUCGGCGUGCUGGCGUCCCGCAGCCGAGCGCCCACUGGAUAUGAUGUUGUUGCACAAACAGCAGAUGGCUUGGAUGCUGACCUGUGGAAAGAUGGCUUGUUUAAAUCCAAGGUCACACGGUACCUGUGCUUCACCAGAUCAUUUUCGAAAGAGAAUAGUCAUUUAGGCAACGUCUUGGUCGACAUGAAGCUCAUUGAUAUCAAGGACACUUUACCUGUUGGCUUCAUGCCCAUCCAGGAGACCAUUGAUACGCAAGAAGUAGCUUUCAGAAAGAAGAGGCUGUGCAUUAAAUUCAUCCCUCGAGAUUCUACAGAGGCAGCGAUCUGCGAUAUCCGAAUCCUGGGGAGAUCCAAGCAAGCCCCUCCUCAGUACACGUUCAUAGGGGAGCUGAACAGCAUGGGUAUCUGGUAUCGGAUGGGCAGAGUGCCGCGCAACCACGACUCCGCGCAGCCUGCGGCUCCUCCCGCCCAAGCACCGGCCUCAACGCCCGCUCCCAACCUGCCCAGGCACAUCUCGCUGACGCUGCCCGCCAGCUUUCGGGGCAAGAGCCACAGCACCCGCCUGGACCUGGAGCACCAGCACUCCAACCUGUACGCCAUCUCAGCAAUGGAUGGAGUGCCUUUCAUGAUUUCGGAGAAGUUUGCCUGUGCUCCUGAAGGGAUGCAGCCGGUUGAUCUCUUGGGUAUCACAAUCAAAACCCUUGCAGAAAUUGAAAAGGAGUACGACUACAGCUUCCGGACGGAGCAGAGCGCGGCGGCGCGCCUGCCGCCCAGCCCCACCCGCUGCCCGCCGGUGCCGCCGUCCUGAGGGCCGCGGCCGGAGCGUGUGUGCGUGCAUACUACUGAGCAGGACACGGGACACAGCGAUGGAACCAGCCCGGGGCCUCCCCGUGUCCGGCCACCGCGCCGCGCUGCACCGCCCCUGCACACACCGCUCCUCCGUGGGCACCGUGGCCCCUGGGCAGCUGCCCCCUACCCCCGCCGCAGACCCCUCUCCACGUGAGUACAGGACUGAGGACUGGGAGCCUGAUGCAGCCCCUUGCUCAUCCUCACUUUGUAACCCUGCUGCAGGACAGUCACAGAACCCAGAGCUGUAGCAAACCUCUGCGAACACAGCCGGGAGCUUGCGGAGCAUGGAGAGAUCUUCUCCCUGAAAGGAGCAGUGAAAGGCACGGCUGGGUGCUGCCACGCCAGCUGCCCUGGAGCUGCUUGGCUCUUCACACCUUGCAGCAGGAGGCUCCUGCAGCACCCAGUCCAGUGCAGAACUCAGCUGCAGUGAAUGCCAAUCCCUCUGCCACGGUCUGGGCACAGAAGUUCUGCUGUGGCUGGGAUCAGUCUCAGAUCCACUGUGGUCACUGGAUUUGCUUAGGGAGGGUCCCUGGCUCUCCGUGGACACUGGCAGGGCAGGCAGGAUGCCCAAGGUGCACUGCAGAUCCUGAGAUGAAGCACCUUCGCUUUGCACAGGGUGUUCAUCUGUCCAUGCACAUCUAGGGCAACAAGCAUCCUGUGUUUCUUUCUGGAUGGAUGCUGGCAGCGACACCCUGGCAGACCCUGGCCGUGCCCCACUGACCCCAGCCAAGCUGCCUGUGGACCUGCUGACAGCUGGGAUGCCAUCACCUGCCCAUCAUUGAGACAGUUCUCUAACAUGUUCCCUGCUAGCUGCUAAAACAAAAGAGAUGUGCCUGUUUCCUGGGCAUUCAUGGGGAAGCACUGAACACUGAUGUGGCACAGGAUGAGAGUGGGAUGCAUUAAACCCUGACCUCUGCCUCCCUGUGAUCGCUGACCGGCCUUGCUCCCAAGCCAAACGCAUGUCCUGGAGAAGUCCUUUGCUGUAAUAAGUUAUUUACAAGUGCCCGUCUGACUCUGUGCUGCUCUUUCAAGUCUCUGCUGUAGAACAAAGAUACAUCAUGGCAGCAAAAUGGCAAUUUUGGAGUAAGAGUUAAAAUGUACAAUUUUUUGUAUUGUAAAAUACUGAUUCCCUGACCCCACUGAAAUGCAAUUGCCAUGGUAACAGUAACAGUGCUGUUGCUCUCAGCCUGGGUCGUACAUGUGCCCCGACCUACUUUGCACUCCCUUGGAUUGAUCUGGCAUUUGCUAGUUGCACAGAGUGGUAACUAACAGCAGUAUUUGUACUGUCAGCUAAUAUUUUUAUUUGUACAUAAGUAAAAUAAUUCUUGUCCAAAGAUUCAUUUCUGGUUUUAAGGCACCACACUGUACUGCUGGGAUAAAGAGCACAAAAUACAUUUGGGACAAACUGAGUCCAGAUCUUUGCUUCAGCUUCUUCCAAUCAGGUAAAUACUUUUCUGGAGCUGCAUCUGUAGAGUGGCCUGGUGGUUGGAGAGCAGAGGCCAAUUUGGUUGCAUGUACAUUGUUUCUGGGCAAAAGAGUUAAAGCUGUGCUCCAGCUCUGGAGCCCUUGGGUGACCCCCUGGAAGUGCUCGUUUACUUGGAGCUUGCUCCACCAUUUUUAGUUGUUAUUUAUCCUGCAGUAAAGAAAAGCCAGACCUCACUGCCAGGCUUCACAAAGGCCAGAUUGAUGAUGCCGACGUCGACAAAUGAACAUACCAUGGCAGCUUGGUCAUUCGGCUCAGGUUCACUUCAAGUUCAAAUCCACUCUGUGCCGUAGUGCUGUGCCCAUCUCAUCCAUCUUUUGUCUUUCUAUUUUUCUGCUUGUAAUUUGUUCUGUAGUUUUCUGUGACAUCCGUUUAUAGCUCCUCCUGUGGCUCAGUGGUCACGGCAGGUAGGCAGGAGCCAUCUGCAGCAGUGCGUUCCUCAUAGCUCUGGGAUGAGAGCUGACCUUCCCUGUUCAUGGUGGAGGAGCGAGGGCUAGCACAGGGCACAGCACAGUCUGCAGAGCUCCAGGGCACUGCCUGCCACUGGGAGAUGGAGAGACAGCUGCCAGCCCCUCCUGGAGCCGCCUCUUCCCAGGAGGGCAGGGCUGCAGCAGAUGGGGGCUGAGCAAGGAGCAGGUUCUGAGAGCCAGCGAGCCCCGUGCUCAGUGCCACACUCCCUGGAUAUGUCUGGGGAAAUGGGUGCAGAGCUUCAAGUCCCUUAUGUAAGAGAAAAUCAGUGCUUUAGUAUUUGUACCAACUGCUAGGUUUGCUCAGCUUGCUCUGACCUACAGGAAACACUGGCAGGAUAUGCAGCUGGGACAGACAUCUGCAUCUUCAGGAUAUAUUUGUAUUCUUCUCCCUCUCUAACACUGGGCCAGCAAAGCUGCUUCAGGACUCACCUGCAAAGAACCUUGAGAGAUGAUUUUGCUCUCCAUGGUGUGGUCCUGCACCACGGCGCUGCGGGGACAGCCUGGUUCAAAUGCACAGGCAGGACAGAUGCACUUCCUGUGGGGCAAAUACAAUGAAGGUGUUUUGAACAAAGAGCUGCACCUGCUGAGAGCCAGCUGAGCUCUCAGGCCUGCUAACCACAAGCUGGAAAACUAGGCAGUUCCAAAAGGGAGAGGGCUCGGAGCUGGUGCUUUGGAAGCACAGCAAGACACAGUGCAGGGCGGUUGACUGUGUCAACUUCUCAGUCCACUGAUCAGAGGAAGCUUUUUUUAUUGCACUGCUGAAUUCCCGAGACCAGGGCUGUCAGGUCAGCAUUUCCACUGGAAGGUUUUAUUGGCUGCUCUGUAACGUUUGUACUCGUGGCAGCUCAUUGCAAGGCUGGUCCUUGCAUCCUUACACUGAGUCCUCCAUGCUGGCAUGUGCCAUGGCCAGUACCAGCAUCUCUCUGCAUCUCCCUCCCUGUCCAAGAGGUGACUGUGGAACAAUUGGCCCAGGCAAUAAAUGUUCAGGGCACCUGAUGUGGAUGUUGUCUGGCUGAGGAGAAGCCUUCUGGAGCAUAAGGGGAGGGGAGGAGUCAGUGGAAAGCAACAGAAGUGAAUUUGCAGAGCUUUUCCAGAUGUUCUUGGCUAUCUUGCCUGAAUUUGUAGAACAAAACUGGUCUCUAGGUAGUUUAAUCUUAUGGCUGAUGGAGAAGUUAGUUUGCCAAAUUAUUAUAUAUCUGCAACAGAGACAGAAAAGCAGCAGUGAGGGGUUUGCUUACUGUAAAAUACGCCUUCUGAUGUGAAUUCCUAGUGACACGCUGCCUCCUGCAUUCCUCACGGCGAGAAGCUGGUCGUGUGCCAAGGUGACUUGUGGCCACCCAGGCCAGGCUGUGCUGUCUGCUGUGUUGAUCAUGGGAAGGCAAGAAGUUAGUCCAGAAAGUGAUGUAGAGUGUGAACUUUGUGAUAAAAUUCAAGUGUGAAUAGUUGUAGCAGGUGUCUUCCCUUAUGGGAGCACCUCGUAUCUGUAUUUCCAUAGGAGUAAACUGUGUCAGGCUUUUCCUGUGACUGUCCCUGCGUGUCCCCACAGUGUUUGUUGGAGGUUUCCUGGGAGCCUCCUGUGCAGUGGGAGGUUGUUGGUAGUCUGUAGCAUUGGGCUUGUUUGGUUUCACACCCACCACUGCUCCUCAGUGUCCUGAGCUCUCCAGACCGAACCCACAUGCUGCCGAGCCUGGAGAAUUCUGUCGUGGGCACUGCACGUGCCAGGUAGGUGCUAGUGGCAAGGGCAUGCCUCCACGGGCCUUGGCACCUCCUCUUCUGUGGGGCCUGGAAUCUCCUGUCCGGAGGGGAAAUGGGACAGAGCUGGCAGUCCCAUGCUGGCUUCACCUCCCCUCUGCUGCCCAGGUGUGCCCACGGCAGCCCCAGGAGCCACAGAGCUGUUCCUGCUCCUCCCAAAGGCAGGCACGCCUCGCUGCACCCCAGUGAUUACCUCAGCCUCGGAGCCUUGGUGAGCAGCCUGCAAUCCUCCCUGCAGCAGGCAGCCCAGCCUUACUGCCCGGCCGGGGCACACAGGGCACAGCUGCUCCUCUGCUCACAAACAGGCUCUGCGAGGUGCUGCUCGCUUCAGUCACCACAGGGAAACCAAGCACUCUGGAUAUUCUGGUCAUUUGUUGUGAAAUUGUUUCCUGACAGCAACAGAUUUAAAUGUCGUCAUACUAAUGGCAGAGAGAAACCUUUCAUGCAGUUGCAAGGUGGUUUUCUAAGAUGGUUGGGUUACUGAAAGUGAUUUUACUGUGCAUUAAUCUUAUGAAUGUUACUAUGUUUUAUAUUUAUUUUAGAUGACCCUCCUGUAUUUUACAAAGGGAAGUUUCAUUGUGUGAUAACUCCGUCUGUAUUCUUAAUAUAAUUUGUUAAAUGAAACUUGUUUUAAUCAGAUAA